AUGCUUAGAAUGGCACAUCAACAAAGUGAACAUCAAGAUGAAUUAGCUGAAGAUUUAAAAAUAGCUGUGGGGGCUAUGGAAAUUGCUGAGAAGAAAGUUUGUGAUGUUAUGACACCUGUUGAAGAUGUUUUUAUGCUUGCAGAAGAAGCUAUUUUAGAUGCAGAAUGUGUUAGUGAAAUUGUUAGAAGGGGGUAUUCGAGAAUACCCGUUUAUGUUGAUAAUAAUAGAAAUAAUGUUACAGGCCUUUUAUUUAUCAAAGAUUUGGCACUUUUAAAGCCAAAUGAACGUUUUACUGUUAGAACAAUAUGUGAUUUUUAUAAACAUAAAUUGCGGUUUGUUAACGAAUCUACUCCAUUACAGACAAUGCUUGAGGAAUUUAAAGAGGGAGAAUAUCAUUUAGCAGUUAUUCGGGGAGGGGAAGGGGACGAAGAGGAGGAGGAAGAAGAAGGUGGAGGUGGAGGAGAAGGAGGGGAAAAGAAUCCAAUAAUUGGAAUAAUAACAUUAGAAGAUAUUGUGGAAGAAAUUUUACAAGCAGAAAUUGUUGAUGAAAGUGAUGUUGUUACUGAUAAUAAAUUUAGAAUAAAAAGGUUAACAAAAUGGCAAACAGAAGGGAAAAUUAGAAGAAAUUUAAUUAAAAAUUGUUUUGGAGAAAGUUUUGGGGAAGAGGAGGAAGAUAAAUAUAAAUGUUUAUCUACAACGUUAACUAAAGUUAUGUAAGCAUGUUUUUUAUUUGAAAUUGAAAUCUUGAUGAUGUAUACAUAUUCCAUUAGAAAAGGGUUCUUUUGCUUGUUGGGGAGGGGAAAUUGAUAGAUUUUCCUUCGAACCAUAUUUUGGUCGUUCCGUGUUUUGUCUGUUCCGAAUUCCUCGUUUUGC